AGCCAACAGUAAACCUACAGAACCCUCCGUUCGCUCUCCUCGACAUACAGCAUGUGCGGUAUCAUCGCCGUGAUCCACGCGGAUCCGAGAUCCCAAUCGGCCGCCGUAGAGAUCCAUGAUGCCCUAUAUCUUCUCCAGCACCGUGGCCAGGAUGCAGCAGGCAUUGUCACCUGCGCCGCUGGCGGACGCUUCUACCAGUGCAAAGGUAACGGCAUGGCCUCCCGCGUCUUCAACGACGGCGCACGCGUUUCCGAACUCCCCGGCUUCAUGGGCCUCGGUCACCUCCGCUAUCCCACGGCUGGCAGCAGCGCCAACUCUGAGGCCCAGCCUUUCUACGUGAACAGCCCAUAUGGAGUCUGUUUGGCACACAAUGGAAACCUCAUCAAUGCGCCGGAACUGCGGAAAUAUCUGGAUCAGGAUGCUCAUAGGCACAUCAAUACCGAGAGCGAUAGCGAGUUGAUGCUCAAUGUCUUUGCGAACGAGCUCAACGAGACGGGCAAGGCCCGUGUCAAUGCCGAAGACUGCUUUGCAGCCCUGGAACGGAUGUAUACGCAGUGUGUAGGCGGUUGGGCGUGCACGGCUAUGCUUGCUGGAUUCGGUCUGAUUGGCUUCCGUGACCCCUACGGAAUCCGUCCCAUGGUCCUCGGAUGGAGGCCUUCGGAGAGUGGCUCCGGAACCGAUUACAUGAUGGCAUCGGAGAGCGUAGCCCUAGUUCAAUGCGGCUACCGCGAGUUCAAGGACAUUCUCCCUGGACAGGCGGUCAUCAUCGAGAAGGGCAAAGAGCCAGUCUUCCGGCAGGUGCAUCCUCAAAAAGGGUACUCCCCCGACAUCUUCGAGUACGUGUACUUUGCGCGUCCGGAUACAAUCAUCGAUGGUAUCGACGUCGACGAGAGCCGUCGCAACAUGGGCUUCAAGCUAGCGGAAACCAUCAAGCGGCAAUUGGGACCUGCUCUGGCCGAGGUGGACGUUGUGAUGCCGAUCCCAGAGACCAGCAUCACGUCCGCUCUGUGCGUGGCGGAAGCCCUUGGAAAGCCGUACUGUCAAGGCUUCGUCAAGAACCGGUACAUCUUCCGCACCUUCAUCAUGCCUUCGCAGAAGCUUAGGCAAAAGGGAGUCCGUGCGAAGUUGAACCCGAUGCGCAAGAAGUUCGAGGGCAAGAACGUCUUGCUUGUCGACGACUCCAUUGUCCGCGGGACUACGUCGAGAGAAAUCGUCUUGAUGGCGCGCGAGGCCGGCGCGAAGAAGGUAUAUUUCACAUCUUGCGCGCCGCCCAUCACAAACGCACACAUCUACGGCAUCGACCUCGCGUCUUCUUCCGAACUCAUCGCGCACCACCGCGAAUCUGCCGCUAUCGCAGAACUUAUCGGUGCCGACGAUGUCAUCUAUCAGACUCUUCCCGAUCUCAUUGAGGCCUGUGCAUCCCUCUCGCCCCGUGAUCCCGCUACCCAGCAGUUCGAAGUCGGUGUCUUCUGCGGCAAGUACGUUACUCCCGUGGCGGACGACUACUUUGAGCGUCUGGAGCGGAUACGCGGCGAGGCGAAGAAGAUGAAGGUCAUGGAGUCGGCGAGGGAUGCAGUGAUCCAUGGUGUGGCGGAUCAGAAGCAAAUUCGCAUGGCGGCCAAGGGGGUGGAGGUUGACCAUGAUGGCAAUGUGAUACCCGCGUCCGAUGACACCAAUCCUGGGAAUGCGGAACAGAACGUCGUCAACGGCGUAGGCGCGCAGCAGUCGGGGAACGGCAACGGCUGUUCGAGUUGUUCCUCUAGUAAUGGGGGUGCGAGCGGGAAUGGGAACGGGAAUGGGGAGAGCAGUAGGCGGAGUAGUACGGAGAUGGUUCGACGGACGGCGAGUCAGGAUAUCAGUUUGCAUAACUUGAAUGACCACGCUUAGGGGAGAGGAGAGGGUGUGUGGGUCUGAGGUUGGAAAUGAGGGAACGAACAUAGAAUACGUUUUUGCAUGCGGACUUGGAUGAAGGAGAGCUCGGUUGCUCUAGUCAGGACUUCAGGCCACAGUAAAUAUGUCAUCAUCAUCUAUCUGGGAUGAACGAUCUUUUACCGAUUAUCACGACAGAAUCCUGAACUUCGGUCGGACAUGACAUGGCUCGGCCAAGGUCGGCGGCCUCCAACCGAUCACUACUGGAAUGAAUAGAUGGGUAUAUAGAAUGAAAGAGUAAAUACUG